ACGGCCACAUCUGACGUUUGACAGUCACGCAUAAACGGACGCCAUUUUACUUCGAAGUACGUCGCGACACGGACGCGUUUUUCGACGACCAACCUCACACUUUCACGCGUGAAAAGCAGUUUUUCUUUCGCGACACUAUCGCAACCGUCGGGUCACGCGUCCGUUGAGAUCCUUUUCCAGUGCAGGAAGUGGAAAUUCGCCAAUUCUUGGACGCGACAAAUUCCGUUUCGGAGGUUUUCAGUCUGGGGGCCCCACAUUGACGUCUCUCCGGAAUGGAGCAAGUAAUGACAGACUUGAAUGCUAUGAUAAUAAAGAAGGAGAAGAAGAAGCGGAACCAACAUCAAAUGGUGAUCAUCAACGAGGAGGAGUUGAUCCGCCAGGUCGAGAUUCGGCCUGUGCUCUACGACAAAUCGCUUCGCGGGUAUCGGAAGUCGACGAUGCGGGACCAGUCGUGGAGGGAAAUCGCGAGUUUGCUUAACUCCACGGUGGACGAAUGUCGCAAAAGAUGGCGCAGUCUCCGAGAUGCCUUCGCAAGGCAUCACAAACACAUAAACGAAGAAGAUCCAAUCGCUAGUAAGAAAAAGAGAUGGCUUUACUAUGACCAAAUGUAUUUCUUAUCGCCCUAUCUCGAAUGCUCCGGGCCAGUGGAACAUUCGAACACCAUCACCACCCUACAAGACAACUCGCAGGGAACCAUAAUUAUGGAAAGCGAAGAGCCAAUUGAAGAAAUCCAUUCAUCUUACAAGAACGAGGAAGUAAACAGUGAACACGUUGAACAGAAUCACCAACAGACUGACGGCCAAACUGCUGAUACGGAGCAAACAAUUGACUUGUACGAAAAUCAGGUAAUGACUCGCUUGUUUGCAAGUCCAACAACGUAUCAGAUUGCCGAUUGUAAAACCAAUAAAUCGGUAAAUGAAACAACAACCGAGAACUAUACCGCCAUAGCAACGACAGAUCCUGAUGAACGUUUUCUACUGAGUUGUUCGCCAAUCCUUAAGCGACUGCCGACUAAGAAAAACGCUCUGGCGAGGUUGAAGAUUCAACAAAUUUUAUACAAUAUCGAAUUCGGUGAAUCGUAAUCAGGAGUGCUGCGGUCAACAAUGUACAAUAUAGAGUUUAGUUUAGCUGUUAAGAGCGUUACUGUCUUUUGAGAUAUGUACUGUAAAUAUGUAAUUUUUACAUAAAGAAUUAUUCCCUCAAAUGUAUUUAAAUUGAAAAUUUCAUAUUACACAACUAUGCCGGAUUUACAUGAGAUGUCCCUGAAAGCUCACUUUUAAAUGCAAUAGAUGUACAUACAUAUAAAAUGAUAUUUUAUUCACAUUUUAUUAAUAAAAUCAAAGUCAA